AUGGUUGUGGACAACUGGAAAACCGAGAACAGGGAAUUUAUGCACAACUUUUUCUUUCUUUUAGGGAGAUUAGCACUCCCUUUUUUAAAACGCCUAAGUCUGUCUACUUCAAAGCUGAACAGCUUGGCUAUUGGUCUGCGUCAGAUUGCAGCAUCCUCGCAGGACAGCGUUGGCCGUGUAAUUCGACGAACUCGAAUAGCUAAAGACUUGGAUUUGGAGCAAGUGACAGUGCCAAUUGGUGUCCUUCUCGUCAUCUUUGAAUCUCGUCCUGACUGUCUUCCCCAGGUGUCUGCUUUGGCCAUAGCCAGUGGAAAUGGCUUACUACUCAAAGGAGGAAAAGAGGCAGCACAUAGCAAUCAAAUCCUUCAUCAUCUGACACAAGAAGCACUCUCUAUUCACGGAGUCAGAGAUGCAGUGCAACUGGUGAAUACGAGAGAGGAAGUAGAAGAUCUCUGCCGUUUGGAUAAGCUGAUAGAUCUCAUCAUUCCACGUGGUUCGUCACAGCUAGUCAGGAAUAUCCAGAAAGCUGCUAAGGGAAUUCCAGUGAUGGGACACAGUGAAGGGAUCUGUCAUGUGUAUGUUGACACGGAUGCCAGUGUUGAGAAGGUCACACGAAUAAUUAGAGACUCAAAGUGUGAAUACCCUGCUGCCUGUAAUGCUCUGGAAACUCUCCUAAUUCAUCGAGACUUGCUGAGAACGCCAUUGUUUGAUCAGAUCAUAGACAUGUUGAGAGUAGAACAGGUGAAGAUUCAUGCUGGCCCAAAGUUUGCAUCUUACUUGACAUUCAGUCCUUCAGAAGUGAAAUCUCUGUGCACAGAAUAUGGGGACCUAGAGUGCUGCAUUGAGGUAGUGGACAGCGUUCGAGAAGCUGUUGAACAUAUCCACAAGUAUGGAAGUUCCCAUACGGAUGUUAUUAUCACAGAGAAUGAGAAAACAGCAGAGUUCUUCCUCCAGCAUGUGGACAGCGCUUGUGUUUUCUGGAAUGCCAGUACCCGAUUCUCUGAUGGCUAUAGGUUUGGACUUGGUGCUGAAGUGGGAAUUAGUACUUCGCGGAUCCAUGCACGUGGACCAGUGGGAAUUGAAGGACUCUUAACUACAAAGUGGUUGCUGAGGGGGGAUAAUCAUGUUGUUUCUGACUUUUCAGAGCAUGGGAGCAUGAAGUAUCUUCAUGAAAACCUCCCUCUCCCUCAGAGAAAUGCCAGCUAAAAACCCAGGGGAGAAAACCCAGGGGUAUAAUUAUUUCCUGAAGAGGUACAGGCUUCAGGAUAAUCUCUGGUGAUGGAGUUUGUUUUUCAGAAUCUUCAAUCUUCAGAAACGUUGUUCUUGGUCAUUUUGCAGUACAGUGAAUACAAAACGUUCCCAUCAAUGAGAAUCCCCUCCCCCUCCUUUUAGUUCCUUAGACAGUAUCUGCAAACUAACCUCACUUCUCCCAAGGAAAGAUUAUUUUCAAAUCAUACAGGUAACAUAAGGAAGGAUUUCAGUAUCAACUACAUUCCUUUUUUUAUCCCAGUGCUCCCUGUAGCAAAUAUGGUGGUGGAGCUUAAUUUUUUUUUUUCCCUAAGUUUUGUUUUAUUCAAGUAUCUAUUCUGGAGAACACACUCUGUAGUUUUGGUUUUGAGGGGGUUUUUUUUUCAGUCUUAGGAUCAUGGCAUCUCUUGAGAGCCAGAAAGCUUUAUGCCUAAUUUCUUUGUAUUUGAUCAGUCUUGAGAUAGGGGGACAGAUGUUCCAAAUGUAUAAUAAGCUUUUGACCAAAAAACCUUUUAUAUCUAAUUCUUUGUAUUGUUGACUAUUGUAGAUAAAUAAUUGUAUGCUACAUUAAUUUUGUUAC